UGAGACUGAGAGGAGGAGAUGGGAGCUUUACAGAAAAGGUAGCAGCAAGGGCUGAACACACAGACAGAAAGGGAGGAACAGACCGGUAGGGAAAAAGUAAAGUGAAAAAUUAAAAGUAACUUUAGGGGAAAACAGAGCUUAGAAGGGGAGAGAGGAAAUAAAUCAGGUUCCGCGUACUAAGGGAUUUCAUGAAGUGAGAGUGAGAUAACAACAAAUAGAGGGGCAGGGGAUAUGAUAAAUACAGGUUAUGAGAGAAGUUAUAGAGGAAGCUUAACGGUGGAGAGGACUUGAGGUGCAGGGUGAGGAGGUCCUGGGAUAAGGCUGCAGGAGGUGAGAGAGGGUGCGGAACGCUACAACUGUCCAGAGAGGACUCAGGAGGCGCACAGACCUGGCGGAGCACUCAGGGGCAUCUGUACAAACACUGAAGUGCGCGGGGCUCUCAGGAGCAAACUCUUUUCUGGAGCGUGAACUGUGUUGGAGAAUUUGAGCGCUCCCUAGCGGAGCAUAAGACCCCUCCUAAAAGACCUGAACUAGAGUGCCCUCUUCUGUUGGGAUAAGCCUGUUGUGUGCAAAAGGAGUGUCCCAUGUUGAAGGAGUGAAACUUGUCCCAAAGGUGCAUAUGCACUAAAUAGGAUACUCUCUGUUGAAAGGGGUGAAACUUAUCUUAGAGGUGCAGAAGGAGUAUACCCUUUGUUGUAAGAGUGAUACCAGCCCUAGAGGUGCAGAAGGAGUGUGCCCUUUUUUGGAAGCGUGAUACCACCCCUAGAGGUGCAGAAGGAGUGUGCCCUCUGUUGGAAAAGUGAUACCAGCCCUAGAGGUGCAGAAGGAGUGUGCCCUCUGUUGGAAGAGUGAUACCAGCCCUAGAGGUGCAGAAGGAGUGUGCCCUCUGUUGGAAGAGUGAUACCAGCCCUAGAGGUGCAGAAGGAGUGUGCCCUCUGUUGGAGGAGAGAUAUCAGCCCUAGAGGUGCAGAAGGAGUGUGCCCUCUGUUGGAAAAGUGAUACCUUCCCUAGAGGUGCAGAAGGAGUGUGCCCUCUGUUGGAGGAGUGAUACCAGCCCUAGAGGUGCAGAAGGAGUGUGCCCUCUGUUGGAAGAGUGAUACCAGCCGUAGAGGUGCAGAAGGAGUGUGCCCUCUGUUGGAAGAGUGAUACCAGCCCUAGAGGUGCAGAAGGAGUGUGCCCUCUGUUGGAGGAGAGAUAUCAGCCCUAGAGGUGCAGAAGGAGUGUGCCCUCUGUUGGAGGAGAGAUAUCAGCCCUAGAGGUGCAGAAGGAGUGUGCCCUCUGUUGGAAGAGUGAUACCAGCCCUAGAGGUGCAGAAGGAGUGUGCCCUCUGUUGGAGGAGAGAUAUCAGCCCUAGAGGUGCAGAAGGAGUGUGCCCUCUGUUGGAAGAGUGAUACCAGCCCUAGAGGUGCAGAAGGAGUGUGCCCUCUGUUGGAAGAGUGAUACCAGCCCUAGAGGGGGAGAAGGAGUGUGCCCUCUGUUGGAAGAGUGAUACCAGCCCUAGAGGUGCAGAAGGAGUGUGCCCUCUGUUGGAAGAGUGAUACCUUCCCUAUAGGUACCAGUGUAGGUGGAACACCUCACUCUGUUCUUUCAGUAUGGGGUCUUUGAUGGCUGCUCUGCAAGUACUUUUUAUUCUGUUUCCCCUAUGCACUGCUGCACACCCUUCAUCCCGUGCAAAUAAUGAUGUGGAUGAAUGUGCUGUGGGUACUGACGACUGCCAUAUUGACGCCAUAUGCCAAGACACUCCCACCUCGUACAAAUGCAUCUGCAAGGCUGGUUUCCAAGGCAAUGGCGUAAGAUGUGAAGACAUUGAUGAAUGUGAUAACGAAUACAAUGGAGACUGCGUCCAUGAGUGCUCCAACAUUCCUGGAAAUUAUCGCUGCACUUGUUAUGAUGGAUUCAAGCUGGCGAAUGAUGGUCAUAAUUGUUUAGAUGUGGACGAAUGUCUUGACAACAAUGGGGGCUGCCAGCAUAUCUGUGUCAACACCAUGGGAAGCUAUGAGUGUCGCUGUAAGGAAGGAUUUUUUCUCAGUGAUAAUCAGCACACUUGUAUUCACCGCUCUGAAGAAGGAUUAAGCUGCAUGAACAAGGAGCAUGGUUGUGCUCACAUCUGCAGAGAGUCUCCUAAAGGUGGGGUGUCUUGUGACUGCAGACCUGGCUUUGAGCUUGCAAAGAACCAAAGAGACUGCAUAUUGACGUGUAACCAUGGGAACGGAGCCUGCCAGCAUAUAUGCAAUGACACUGACAACGGGCCUGUUUGUGGAUGUCAUCUAAAGUAUAUGCUGAACAGCAAUGGCAAAACCUGUGAUGAGAAGGAUGAACCUGAGAACAACUCAACUUCUGUAGAUAUGGACAAGAGAGUAAAAAGGAGACUUGUAAUGGAAACCUGCGCAGUCAAUAAUGGUGGGUGUGACCGUACUUGCCGGGAUACUUCUACUGGUGUACGCUGCAGCUGCCCUAUGGGGUUUACUCUCCAGUUUGAUGGGAAGACUUGUAAAGAUAUUGACGAAUGCCAGAGCAACAAUGGAGGCUGUGACCAUUUCUGCAGAAAUACAGUUGGGAGCUUUGAUUGUAGCUGCAAAGCUGGUUACAAACUCUUAACCGAUGAGAAGUCCUGUCAAGAUAUUGAUGAAUGCUCCUUUGAACGAACAUGUGAUCACACCUGCAUCAAUCACCCAGGUUCCUAUACGUGCACUUGUGAGAAAGGAUACAUCCUUUAUGGUUUAACACAUUGUGGAGACAUUAAUGAAUGUAGCAUAAACAACGGGGGCUGCGAGCAGAUUUGUGUGAACACAAUAGGGGAUUUCAACUGUCAAUGUCAUUCCCGUUAUAGACUGCACUGGAACAAGAAAGAUUGUGUUGAAGUAGAGAGCUUCCUGCCAGACACUGCGCCACGAAAAGUUUUUCUGCGUUGUAUUAAGAAUGGUGGAAACGAAAGGUGUUUCUUAACCUGCCACUCUGAUAUCCAUUUUCUUCCCGGACUUCAGGACGCUUACGCCAUUUCUUGCGGAUCACCUGCCUUGCUUAAAACGAAACCUCUAAGAAAUGAGACAGUUGUUCAAGAGGUUGCAGUAAUUAAGACGUCAACAACGUUUCGGUUAAAUGAAGGCACUUGCAGAAUAAAAAAGUCAGAACUUCACCAAGAGCUACUUCAGCAGAAAAUAUCAGAUAAACAAAAUAUUGUGUAUGAGACUUUCAGCUUCGUAAACAUAACAUGCAAGAACAGAGACAGCGGAAAGAAGACAUCUGCCAGAGAGACAGUUAUUACAGUUGAAUUUGAGCUUCAAAUAAACCAUAAGGAGGUGACAGAGUCCUGCAGUUUCAGUUGUGUCAGGAGAAAAGCAGAGAAACGGCUCCGUAAGACAAUCAGGACCUUGAGGAAGGCUACCAACAAAGAGAACUUUCAUGUCCGUCUAUCUGGGAGGGACUUUGAAGUGACUAGAAAGAUGCCUAGGUUGCAAGAUUCUCAAGAUUCGUGUGGGGCAGGACAAAUACGAGUGGAGCAUAGAUGUGUUAGCUGUCAUGCUGGGACAUACUACGACGGAGAAAAGGAGCAAUGUGUUUUAUGCCCAAGUGGAACGUAUCAAAAUGAGGAAGGGCAAAUAACCUGUGAAAUUUGCCCAAGUCCUGAGAACCGAGACAGCCAAAAGAUUGCAGGGGCGCGGGAUAUAUCAGAAUGUGGAGGCCUCUGCCCACCUGGGCAAUACUCUUCAGAUGGUUUCAAACCAUGUGAACCUUGUGCUUUGGGAACAUACCAGCCAGACGCUGGACGCACUUCCUGUUUUUCUUGUGGAGGGGGGCUAACGACCAAACAAAACGGUGCUGCUGCAUUUCAAGAUUGUGAAACUAAAGUUCAGUGCUCACCUGGCCAUUCCUACAACACCACAACCCAUAGGUGCAUCAGAUGUGUGGUGGGAACCUACCAGCCAGAGUUCGGACAGAGCUACUGCAUUUCAUGUCCAGGCAACACCACUACAGACUUUGAUGGCUCAACCAACAUAACCCAGUGUAAAAACAGGCAUUGUGGAGGGGAGUUAGGAGAUUAUACUGGGUACAUCGAGUCCCCAAACUACCCUGGAAACUACCCUGCAAAUACAGAAUGCACUUGGAACAUAAAUCCACCUCCCAAAAGGCGUAUUUUAAUUGUGGUGCCAGAAAUAUUUUUACCUAUAGAAGACGAAUGUGGAGAUUACCUUGUGAUGAGAAAAAGCUCCUCGGCCAAUUCUGUGACAACGUAUGAGACCUGCCAGACGUACGAACGCCCAAUAGCUUUCACAUCCAGAUCUAAAAAGCUGUGGAUACAAUUUAGAUCAAACGAAGGAAACAGCGCCAAAGGAUUUCAAGUGCCGUAUGUCACAUAUGAUGAGGAUUACCAGGAGUUAAUAGAAGAUAUAGUGCGUGAUGGAAGAUUAUAUGCAUCCGAAAAUCAUCAAGAAAUUUUAAAGGAUAAGAAGCUCAUAAAAGCUCUGUUUGACGUCCUGGCCCAUCCUCAGAACUAUUUCAAAUACACAGCUCAGGAGUCCAGAGAGAUGUUCCCCAAAUCUUUCAUCCGACUGUUGCGUGCUAAGGUGUCCAGAUUUCUACGACCUUAUAAAUAAUAAUAUUUAUCUACAUAGGACUUUUUUAUAUAACCAUAAAAACGGAUUUCAGAUUGCGCCAUUCUUUUGCACAGAAUGAUCAGUCAUUAAGGGAAAAAGGAGUUGUAAUGUUACUUGCUUGCUUUGUAAAUAUGUCAAUGACAGACUUUUUAAGUUGUUUUCCAAGCAUGUUAGAUUUUUUUUUUUUUUUGCUGUGCUGCCUCAGCACCAGAAAUAAGCGAGAGCACAUUUACAGCGCAGUGUUUCGUAACGCUGAUUUGAUUCAUACCUGCUCUGCGGCAGAUACAUGCAGGAGACAGAAUAAUUUUGUACCAGAACAGUUUAGUGUAUAUGUAACUACGCUGAUGACAUUCACUAGUCUGUAAGUGGACUCCUUGUUUACACUUCUCUUCUAUAAACUGGAGCUGAAAUCUUCCAGAAAACCUUAUCAGUUUCACCACAUAUGAAAAAAAGCACAAACACGCUGAAGACUUCCUGCUGACAUUCGUUCUAAAUCCUUGUUCAGUUCAGCAAAUGUUAUUUUAUCAACAAAGAACACGUUAUGCAGUUCAACCAAUAUUCCUUUUUUAUUUAUUAAUAUAAAUCAGUAUUUUAAAAGA